UCUCCCAUUGUUCUACAUUGAUUUCUCCUCCACAGUUCCUCUCCAUUAAUCUCCAUUUAUCCUCAAAUUUCUCUUCAAUGUUGCUGUCCAGGUAAUACAAAUUAGAGGGUUUAUUUCAAAGUAAAACGAUUUGGGCAGAAUUCUAGAAAAGUCGACAUAGUGGUCAGAAAUUAGAGAGAAGAAGACGUGUAGAAUACAACUCAGAGAUUUCUUCUUACACCAAAAUUUGGAAAUGCUAAGUAAAUAUUUCUAAUCUUCCUUUCAUCUCUUUUAUUUUUUUUUUCUAAUCGCGUUUGGCGUUUUCUCUAAUCCAUUCAUUAGAGCAUAUUUAUUGGAAUCUAACAAUAUUUUUGGGUGUUCCGAUUUUUCUACAUUAUGGUUUGCUAUUUUCUUUCAAGGGUGAAGUUCUGCCUUUCUUUGCACAUAACAUGUUUGAUGAAAGUUAUGUUCAAAUUGUUAGAUUAAUGAUCCAUUGAUUCAUAGUAUAUAUGGAUUACAAUUAUCGGUGAAAGGAAAAUGACCUCUUCACUACGAUUGAACAUGAAAGCAAAGGAACACUAACAAUACUGAAACUUCAAGCAGCUACACCUAUGUUGCACUUUGAACAUUCUUCAGCUACAAUUUGUUGAGGCCAAUCGUGAAACAACUUUGGUAGAACAACUUCUGUUUGGCAUGUUUGUUGUUACUCCUGUCUUUGAUGAGAAUUCAUUGUUGCCUUUGAUGAGGAAUGGAAGAAAAUAGAGAUAAUGUGUCUGCCCUGUUGUUACCCCUGUCUUUGAUGAGAAUUCAUUGUUGCCUUUGAUGAGGAAUGGAAGAAAAUAGAGAUAAUGUGUCUACCCAAGAAAGAACUUCUGAGAGAAAUUUGCGUCGUCGUACCAAAUAUGCACAGAUGUCACCAGAGAGAAAGCAAUUAUUUUUAUCCGAGCUAAGAGAAAAAAGGGCUGAGUCAAAAAGGCAAACACUCCUUCAUCAAUCAAAUACUACUUGCGCUCUUAGAAUUAUUAGUUCUUCAUUAUCUCCUCAGGAAGUUGAAGCUUCUGAAGCCACAAACCUACCAGUUACUUUAACUACAGGACAGCAUCAAUCAAAUAGUACUGGCGCCCUUACAAUCAACACUUCUUCGUUAUCUCCUCAAGAAGUUGAAGCUUUCGAAGUUACAAACCUACCAGUUAAUUCAACUACAGGAGAACAUCAAUUAAAUAGUACUGGCGCCCUUACAAUCAGCACUUCUUCGUUAUCUCCUCGAGAAGUUGAAGCUUCUAAAGCUAUAAACCUACCAGUUACUUCAACUAAAGGAGAAAGUAUAGUUAAUUGCUUAUCUACCUUUGAAGUAGGAUCAACGUCGGGUGCAUCUCAUGCUGCAAGCAGAUCAAGUUCAAGACGUACUUCAAAUAGAGGUGACUCCAAAGAAUCCCAACAUUUUCGCACUUACAGUAGAGCCUACAAUAAUAUGUUUGCAUUCACUUCACUUGGAGUACAUUAUGAUAGAGAAUUAGCAAGGAGAAAUCGUGGCAUCUUUACAUUUAAAGUCCAAGGACAAAUGUAUUACUUCAUUGAUGAUUUGAUACCCUCAGGAGGAAAAGGAAAAAAUUUAUAAUUAUAUUUCUAUGAUAAUGAA